AUGGAAGUUGACUGUGAGCCAAAUGAGAUCACUGAUAUGCCUUUUGAAGGUUCUGACUUUCAAGAUUUUGAAGGCACAGAUGUCAAAGAUAUGAGGCUAGAGGCAGAAGCUGUGGUCAAUGAUGUCAUUUUUGCUGUUGGUAAUAUGUAUGUUUCUAAAAUAUUACCAUGUGCAGAGGAUGUGGCCUACAUCAACGUAAAAAUCAAGGAGGGGAACAGAUAUUGUUUAGAACUCACCGAUACUGGACUUAGGGAUUCGAGUGGGAAACCAUUGCUUAAAGAACGGGAUCCAGAACUGCUGUACUUUGCUGACAUUUGUGCAGGGCCUGGUGGAUUUUCAGAGUAUGUCCUUUGGCGCAGGAAGUGGCAUGCAAAGGGGUUUGGGAUGACUUUGAAGGGCCAAAAUGAUUUUAAAUUGGAAGAUUUCUAUGCAGCUCCUAGUGAACUCUUUGAACCGUAUUAUGGUGAAGGUGGAAUAGAUGGUGAUGGAGACAUUAUGCGGCCUGAGAAUAUAUCUGCAUUCCGUAACUUUGUGUUGGAGUAUACAGACAGAAAGGGGGUGCAUUUUCUAAUGGCUGAUGGGGGUUUCUCUGUCGAAGGACAGGAAAACAUACAAGAGAUCCUCAGUAAGCAGCUUCUGUUGUGUCAAUUCCUAAUGGCACUGAGUGUUGUUCGAACAGGCGGACUUUUUGUCUGUAAAACCUUUGAUCUGUUUACUCCAUCCAGCGUGGGACUUGUUUACCUCCUGUACUGCUGUUUUGAGCGAAUCUCUCUCUUUAAACCUUUGACUAGCCGUCUAGCCAAUUCUGAAAGGUAUAUAAUCUGUCGAGGUCUGAAACCUGGAAUUGAAUCAGAUCGUGACUAUCUGUUCAGUGUAAACAUCAAACUGAACCAGCUCAAGAAAUCGAAGCAAGAUGUGAAUAAGGUCGUCAGUAUGUCAGUGAUGAAGGAGGACACAAACUUUUUAAAUUCUAUGAUGAGUUCUAAUGAAGGAUUUUGUGCAGUGCAGAUCAAGGCAUUAGCUAAAAUCCAUGCUUUUGUUCUAAACCCGAUACUAAGUGUUCCAACACAGGUGGAAAUUCGUAAAGAAUGUCUGAAACUCUGGGGAAUUCCUGACCAGGCUCGAGUAGCUCCAUCAUCCUCUGACCCAAAAUCAAAAUUCUUUGAACUAAUCCAGAAUAUGGAUAUUGAUGCAUUCAACUAUAAGCCAACACUGCUAACCGUUAAAAAUCUGGAAAAGAUCCGCCAAGUUUUUGACUACAGAUGUAUGGUUUCUGGAGGAGAACAGGUGUUUCUGCUAUCUUUAGGGCUGCAUCGUCAACAGGAUCCAUCUGAUGGUGGUGAAGCAGAUGACAGCAUACCACAGCCAGCAGGUCCAUUUGUUGGCGGUGAAGCAGAUUACGGCAUACCACAGCCAGCAGGCUCAUCUGAUGGAAAUGACAGCAUACCACAGUCAGCAGGUCCAUCCAAUGGCACUGAAGCAGAUGACAGCAUACCACAGCCAGCAGGUCCAUCUGAUGGCAGUGAAGUGGAUGACAACAUACCACACCCAGCAGGUCCAUCUGAUGGUGGUGAAGUGGAUGACAGCAUACCACAGCCAAAAGGUCCAUCUGAUGGCAAUGCAGCAGAUGACAGCAUAUCACAGCCAGCAGGACCAUCUGAUGACAAUGAAGCAGAUGACAGCAUACCACAGCCAGCAGGUUCAUCUAAUGGCAGUGAAGCAGAUGACAGCAUACCACAGUCAGCAGGUCCAUCCGAUGGCACUGAAGCAGAUGACAGCAUACCACAAAACAAUCUUGUCCGAAUUGUUGUUAAAAGUUGCAGUGAAACUCACCGAAAAGUUAUGUUCCAUCGUACACAGAGAUGGUGGAACAUGUAA